GCACAACCCCUGCUAGCUACAACCGCCCAGUCACAACUACAAGCUGCUUGGAGUCGGGUCCCCUCUCAUCGCAUAUUAUGACAGAAUGAUCGAGACAAAGAGAAAACAAUCAGCAAGUAGUGAUCUGCAUAGUGUGGAUAAAUGUUUUGCUGAGGAUGGACUGAAUGUGCAAUCGAACUACAGCCUCAUUUCUGACAACCUGCGAAAGCAUACUCCGCACACAAUCCAAUGCACCAUGUUCUGUGGGGGACGGCAUUGCCGUUAUGAAAGUGCUGAGUUCUGGGACUCCACACAUAUGGCGGUGGAUGGUAUCUUCUCACACUGGGUGACAGAUGGUAUUCUGGCGAUGGCAAGACCUUCUACUGAGAUCAUUACACAACGAAACGUGAUUAAACAAUUUCAGAGUCUGGGUGUGAAGUCAGUAAUAAACCUGCAGAAGCCAGGAGAACAUGCCAGAUGUGGAUGACCUCUGGAAAAGACAGGAUUUACUUACGAUCCUACUAUCUUCAUGGAAAAUGAUAUCUAUUUUUAUAAUUUUGGAUGGGAUGAUUAUGGAGAGAGUCCUCUCACUAGAAUACUUGAUAUGGUCAAGAUAGUUUGUUUUGGCCUCACACAAGGAAAAGUGGCUAUCCAUUGCCAUGCAGGACUUGGAAGAACAGGAGUCCUCAUAGCUUGUUAUUUAGUUUUCAGAAUGAAAUUCAAAGCUAAUAAAGCAAUAUCUUUUGUUCGAUUAAAACGUCCGAACUCAGUACAGACUAGAGGUCAAAUACAGUGUGUCCAGGAAUUCGAACAGCUGGUCUGGUCUCAAUUUAUAACAUUCCUCCCAAGAGAGCCUGUGAAAGAUAAAAAAGGGGUGGAGGACUUCACUCUGUCGCAUUACCUCAACAUGCAGAACGUACUACUUUACGGCAAAGAAGCGAGAUAUUACCGUUACGUGCCCAAGAUUAUUUUCGUUAUCUGCGAAAGGCUUUUGAAACUCAGUAAUUGUGGUGCCGGAAAUAUUUUUGAUGAUGAUGAUUCUUCAGAAACUAUUCCGUCAACAGCGAGUUUCCUAGCAGCUAAUAAUAAUAUAUCAUAUUACCAAUAUAUAUUUGCUAAAAGACUAUUACGUAAAAGGAGAAAACAGGAGAAACCUCAAGACUGCCUUGAUUACAAAAUGACAGUGGAUGAGAAUAAAGAUCCCUCAACCGAAGAGUCAAAUAGAAUACUAAUUUCAAACCAUAAUACUACUGAUUAUGAUCAAUUGAACAAGACAAACACCACGGGAGACAUAAUAGAUGCGUUGACAGUAGAUCAUGAAAACAUUGACGAAGACUUAAAGAAGCAGAUUCGACAAUACCAACAGGAGCUAAAUGGCACAGCCUCAUCAUGGAGAAAAUUGGAAGUUGAGACUAAUCCGGUAGUUCUGACCGGUCUGCUGUUUGAAUGGCUAGAGCAACUCAAAACGCCCGUUUUAAAUCGAGAUAAUUUGACUUAUAUAGUGUUGCAGUACACGGACCCCUGCAGCUGCAUAAAAAAAUUCGAACUGGUAAUUCAUGCUUUUUCUUGUCAUGAACAUGAUCUAAUACACGCAAAAUUCAGGCUUAAAACUUUAUUAAUUCAAUAA